CAAUCAAUGUUUAUCUAUUAUUGAUCGCAAACAUGGCAAUCAUCACCCAAGAGCAAAUUACUCUGGGAAAAACAGCCUCAUUUUUGGGCAUUGUUCAAGGUUUGGCAUGGUUCAUUAUGUCACUGUUGUGCAUAAUUGAAUACAGCAUAAACACACCUCCUGACACACCUGAAACGUACACUGAAAAGUUUAACGCACGGAUUUAUUAUUUUUUCUUAUACAAGGAUGCCAACCUUCCACGCAAUGUGAUCAUAAAACCGACAGCUUUUUUGGUCUUUAUGUGUUUUUACAUCGUUUUGAGUACCGUUUGGGUUAUCGCAUCGUGGUGCCAACUUAACGUGUUGAAAAAACGUAGUUUAAAUGUCCCAAUUCUACUAAAAGACUGGGCUAUUAUCACACUAUUGAUAUCAUUCGUCGAUAUGAUUUUCGUGAUUUUGCUCGGGUGUGAUUAUGGUCAAAACUGCCUCUAUUAUUUUGAUGAAGAAAUCUGUAUUAAUACAUUUAUCCUCGUUUUGGUGAUAGCAGCUCGAGGGUUUGUUCUAUGGUUUGUCAACGUGUUUGUCGCGUGGAGGGCCUUCAAAAAUGCCAAAAUUUUACGAAAGGAUGGUCCAUAUGCGAAUACCUUCGGAGGAAUAAUUCCUAUUUACAAAUCGGAGGCUCGGAUUCCUAGAGUAGCAAUGCCCACUACCCCCAGUUUAUACAACCAACAAUUCGGGAAUGUAAGUAAAGAAAGAAACUUUUGGAACGUGAAUUUGAGAACUGCGAUGGAUAAUAGGACGCCCCCUGUGUCCCCCACGACGCCUUAUUACAAUAAACAGCCGUUUUUUACGAGAUAAAUUUUCACAAUUGUAAAUUAAUCUUAGAUAAGUUAAGUGUUAUUCGAGGAAUAAAACUAAUUUAUCUAAA